AUGAAAAACACUUCAAUUUUUGGUUGCAGUGAUAUGAAAAGAAGCUCAUCUGAAUUAGCCCUCCAAGAACUUUUUCCUUCAGAAGAUGAGAAGAAAACUGAACAAAUUGGAGGGACCGAUGAUGAUUUUUUUGCUGGGGAUUUGUCAUUUUCUUGCAAGAAUUUGGAAAUGAUAAAAGGGUUGUCUAGUUAUAGCCAAUUGGCUGAUAACCCGUAUUUGCCCCAGAAUUUCAGCGUUAAGGCUUCUAAGAAUUCAGCUACAAUAGAUUCCCAAUCAUCAAUAAGUGUUGGUAUUCCAUCAUCAGCAACUAAGCCAAAGGGCCAAGAUAAUCGAGCAACUGGAGCUAGCAGUGGUUCAUCCCGUGAGCAAUCAGAUGAAGAUGAUCAAGAGAUAGAAGCUGGUCCUUGCGAACAGAGCACAAAUCCUGUCGAUAGCAAACGCAUUAAAAGGAUGGUUUCAAACCGGGAAUCUGCUCGGCGCUCGAGAAGAAGGAAACAAGCACAUUUAGCAGAUCUUGACCAACAGGUUAAACAACUACAAGGCGAGUAUGAAACCUUGUUCAAACAACUUGAAGAUGCUACUCAGCAAUUCAAAGAUGCUGUGACUAAUAAUCGAGUGCUCAAAUCAAAUGUGGAAGCUUUAAGAGCCAAGGUGAAACUGGCUGAAGACUUGGUUGCUCGAGGCUCAUUGACCUCUAGUUUGAGCCAUCUUCUUCAGAAUUAUUUAAACACACCUCAAACAUUUACGAAUAUCAAUAUUGGCCGGAUGGAUAUUGUCUCUCCUACUAUCACAAUUCAGGGAGAUGAUAUUGCUUCAUACCCAGGAAUAAUAGAUUCAACUCAACUUGAAAAUUCUAAUACCGUUAAUGGAAGUGCCACCAAUGGAGUCAUCACUGAUACUGUUGGCUGCGUGCUAGACAUGUGGCCUUGGGAAUCUCAUGUUGUGCCGGUGUCGAAGUAA